AUGCAGGCCAGCCAACGACUGGCAGACUGUGGCUCCCAGGCGCCUAGGCAGGCAGAGUUCGCCCGCCUUUCGCCGCCUGGACACCAGGUGAUGGCCGAUACGCCUCCGCCUAGGCUGUACUCUACGACCUACCUCGUGCUCUCUCGGCUUAGUCUCCCAGCCCCUGUAGCUCCCUCCCUCCGCCCGCACGCCCGUCCAUCCUUCCUACUGUCCAGCAACCAGCGAGCGAGCGGCCCCCUCGCCAACAUUCAUCUCUCGUUCCUCAUCAUCAUCCCUUACAACUCCAUUACUCCCCAUCCACUCAUCCACCUCACAGCCUACUCACACCACACAGCGCCCUCUCACCCACCAGCACCGAGCCCCGCCCCGCCUUCGGGUCCCUCCCCCUUCCUCCGCCUCGCCUUCUCCGCCUCCCCUCUUCGCCCACGCCUCUCCACCCGACGACGAAGGAGGAGCGCACCACCCACCCAUCCCUGCUGA